GAGAAAAGAACAAAUGUAAGUCUCGGCUAUUCAGAUUUCUGUUCAGACCUGCAGAGUUCCUCACCCAAACACGUCUUCCCCUAAAGGGCUAAAAGCGAAAAGUUGACGAAAAGGAGUGGCAAUAUGCAGCUGAUUGCAGACCUGAACGGCGGCAUGUUGGCCGUCUUAUCAGCCUCCCGCAGAGCCUUUUGGCCUUGAUGAAGAAGAGAAACAGAGCUACCUACCUUGCAAACAGUUUUCUGGAACCAUGAUCCACUCUGGCGCUACCUUGAGGAGAGCGUUUCUAACUUAUAACUCUUUGACUCAGUCCGAGGAAAAAGAUCCACUACGGUACACGGCGACCAAAGAAGAAACAAACAACCGAGUAAGUUUGAGCUAUGGGAAUAACUACACCAACUGUAAAGACAUGUCAUUAUUUUUCUUCCCUACAAAGAGUGACUUCAGGUAUUCCAUACAGGUUGCUCUGACUACAGUACAUGUCUGGAUAUAACCAGCAACUCAGUACCCAUGUUCGGCGACCGGUUAAUUUCAAUAAACAAACGAAGAAGAACCAUACAGAGUUCCUCAACUUCAGCAGUUGCAAUAAACAUAUGGUACCGUUGGUCCACUCUGCCUAAAUGACACCAAUAAGUGGCACAUCUACGCACUCCACAAAAAAAAAAAAACAAAAACAAAUUUUUUCCACUAGGCAAAAAUUAAAAGGUUCCUUCUUGUCCUAACAUUUCUUACCUCUCAAGAAAGCAGCUGAUAGAAACUGAUAGCAUUAGUAGCUAUGAGCCAACAUGAUGGCAUUCCUAGCUUCUAGCUAAUUUCUGCUGAUAUCUAUAAGAAACAGCUAUGACGUUGUAAUGCUAUCAGAAUUACAGGCUGAUAGCAUUGCUAGCUAUGUGAUGCUAAGAGGAACUACUAACAAUUAGUAAAUCUGACUGCUUUUCUAACCUAAGAGUCGAACUGUAAACUAUUCCACUAAUAUAAAACAUAUUUAAAUCCAUUUCUAAGUGUCUUCAUGCUCUUUAAAACUCAAAUAAAAAUCAAAUAUUAAUAAAAUUAAUCGUUUAACAUCAAAUAUCCAAUUGUUUAUACAAGUUAAAUAUCAUACCAGCUCCUUUCCACAAGUUAUCUGAGCUUAAAAAUUAAGGUGUUUGAAUCAACAACAGUUUCAAGAAGGAAGUGUUUGGGCAACAGACUAUUUGCAUCAUAUUGCAGCAGCAUGAAACAGAGUCAAGUGGAAACCAGCACAAAGCUUUUUAUUUAGCAACAACAGGAUCGUUAUGCAAACAAAAGUAAACAUAUAUCGCUCCAUCUCCACCAGGUUGGCCCACAGCAUGACACUUUUCCUGCAGAUGAUGUUGGCAUCGCUAAGCGACUGUCACUCUUCCUGUUUCCAUAGCCCUGUCAUAAUAAAGAACCUCGAAUCCUUCAGCUAAAGGAGAUUUAGAGGCUCCAUCACCACAACGAUCACACACUCGGGAACGCCUAAAAUCACAGCGUCCGCCUCGAUGGCGACGCAGAAACGAACCGGACGGGGAGUUUUGCGCCUGUUGCUGCCAGAAGGGGAUCAACCCGUCCGACCGGGUUAAUUUCACAUGAGAAGAAGAACGCUGAGGAAUGCACUAUCUAAAAUAAGUCAAAAUGUAUACAGCUAGGAGAAGACAAAACGUAACUAGAAAAGAUUGCAGAAGUAAAUUCAUGAAGCGAUCCGAGCUGAAAAUCUGUCAAAGGGUUCGUUUGUUUAUGGUUCCUGUUUUAUUGCUGAAGCUGUGAGUCAAAGCGCAUUAUGAACACUACACAUGUAUGUCACCUUCAGAUGAUCAAACAGAUGCAUUUAUCUUCUUCGAUCAAUGCUGAUGGUUGAAAAAAAUAAACUGGAUUGUUAAACGAGGCGUCACAGAUUCCUCAUGCAAACGAUUUCAUGCUUGAGUGCAGAUAGAAGGUAAACUCAUCAGAAGUCACACGUGAUUACAGAGCAUGCACAAAUACGCUCAGUAUGAUGAGACCUAGUGGUUGCAAUUGAUUCCGUUUCAUUUUGAUUUACAGAAUAUAUUAAUGUGAUUUCUGCCAAACACACGUUGGGUGAAAACUCCUUCAUAGCUCUCCUCAGCCUCGUCUGUUCUCCACCCAACGCAAACUCUUGCAUCAGCCAUCUGCAAAAUCCCCUCAGGCAUUGCCUGGGUCAGACUUUUAAAAGAACUCCAUUUUUUUUUUUGACCUCCCACAAAAUAAAACAAAAACACACGCACGCAAAAUGCAAUCAUUUUGCAAAGGAAAACAUGAAAAUUAAACACUCAGCCAUGCCGCUACGCUUCUUAUUUUUUGUUUGUUUUUAAAAAAAUCCUCACCCAAAAUCAUUCUGUGUAAUAUUUAACAUAGUGAACAUUUAGGCUCACUUACUGGGAUGGUUCUGAAAGAGGGUCCGAUCCGGCCGCCGCCUUGCUUUUCUCUUUUCAGGCACUUUAUUUGAAGCCGAAAUACAGAAGACAGACGAGCGACUAAAACGAGGAGGUGCAGCUCUUUAGUAAAACUCAGAUUUGAACAGAAUAUGAUGACAGCUUCCUGACAAACCGCCAAAGGCCGCUCGGAAUCCUUUGUGCUAUCGAUAUUCACUCCCUUGAAACUGAAUCGACAUCUGGCUUGCAGCUCUUUUGGUCGUUUGCGGUCCAGGCUACAUCAGUUCAGCUUCGGCCGGCAGCCGCACGGCAGGCUCUGACCGACAUCUCAGAGCUGGUCACUGCCAAAUAGAAGCACAUAUCCAUGGCUAGCCUCCAGCAUUUAUAGAGCAGGUGCUCCAAUCUGUGCUGGUAUUCCAGUCUCUUGGUGAUCCAGGCUGUACUGGUACUGGAAUCUUUGUGGUGCGUUUUAAAUGCAGGAUGUUUGGAAUAAACAAAUUAAAAAUCUUUUUCUAAUCUGUUCCCUUGGAAUUAUCUCUCCAGUCAUAAGGUGUAUGCAUUUUUGCCAAAGACUUCGCUGAGUCUUUGAACCGUCUUAUGUUCUACAGCUACAACUUUGGUGCUUUACAUGGUAAUGGAAAAACAAUUAGCAUUCUAUUGCCUUGCUUCUGUCCUUCGGGCUUCUUUCAUAUAGCUCUCUGACCUCUGUAAAAACAAUUUAGGAAAUUACGCUUUUUAAAUAACACCCAGCAGCCUCUGUCUAUCAAAGUCAGAGUGAAGCCUGCAGGUUGGUCCUAAAUUUGUCAGAGAGAUUGUGAUUUGUAUACUGACCUUCAGAAGGCUUUCACAUCUACGUGUUCCUAUUUGUGGUGAUAAUGCAAACAGAGGAUUGGCCUUGCUGAGGAAAUGGCUACCCUACAUACUCUUGAAGGUAUGUCGUCCUCCAGUGAGGCCCCUAGUUCCCAUUUCUCUCAAGAAGUAGAAAGAACUUUCUGUUCCGGAAGCUCUUUCAGUCUGUUUGAUGGCGGCUAAAGUCUAUCUGUCGAGCAUUUAGUGUCACAAAUUGUGUCUCUUACUUGUUAGUAAAUUGAAAAACAUCAAUGUGAAAAAGUAAGAACAGCCACAAAGCCACAACAACAAACAUCAUAAGGUUUUAUAAAUUUCUAAGAGUUCCCUCUGCUUAGGGAAGUACCCUUGGCUCAAGACCAGUCAUCUGUUCCGUCUUGGCACUUUGCUGCAAUGCCUGACUCAACGCACCUCGAAGGCUACAAACUGUUCUUGCCUUAAACCCAUUGGCCAGCUGGUCACAUCUGUCAUGGCAACAUCAACAUAAGUUGACUUCAACUCUCCACAUUGUCUCCUUUUAAAAAAACACCAUUUGUUCCCAGACUCUGCUGCAAACUGCCCAGCUCGCUGUAGUAAAAUGUUCAAUUUGAAGAUUACAGAAAGAGUUCUUGCUUCAUUAAAACUUUUGGUUAACAACCGAGAAUCAAGCAUGCAAAGCAUCCCAGCAAUCCAUUCAUGUUUCCCCUGCGACUUGGGCUCUACAAGGACAGCCCUAAAUCAUCCGGGCCAACAUCAAACCCAUCCUUGUUGUUUUAUUGUGGACAUUAGAGGCAGCUGGGGACUUCUAAGGAACUUAUCUUCUAUGGAAAAUCAAAUUAAAGGAGUGCAGUGUGUUAUCGGAGACUUGUAAACCUGACAUGUGUUCACCGAGUGAGACGGUAAGCUGACUCCUGUCCCAGCGGUGUCCAGUAUGCACGCUGUUGCAUCACAGCUUUUAGGCAAGGCUGAUGUUAGAGGCAGCUGUUGCCACCCUGCUGUUGCAGCCAUGCUGCUCCUGCUGCUUCUUGGCUUCAUUCCCACAGUGGCCCCUUGCCCACCACACUGCCUUUGUGCCAGUGAUAUCAUUUCCUGCAGUGGGAGCAAUCUGUCCGCGUUACCCUUUGGUCUUCCAAGCUACGCCACGAGGCUGGACCUGAGCCACAACGCCCUGAGAGUCGUGCAGUUGGACUGGGUUUCCCAACCGUUUCAGCGGCUCACCACACUGGUUCUCAGCUGGAACUCCAUAAGCCAAAUCGAGAUGGCCGCCUUCACUGCGACACCUCGUCUCCUCCAUUUGGACCUUUCAUCUAACCAGUUGAGAGUUCUGAACUCAUCCGUCUUCAGAGGGCUGACAGAACUUAAAGAGCUGCUCCUGAUUGGAAACCAGAUUACCCAAAUAAUGCCGGGGUCCUUUAGUGAUGUCAACAGUCUGCAGAGGCUCUACCUCUCCGCAAACAGACUAACAUCCUUCCCCCUGGGACUUUUUGAGGACCCUGGUGGACCACAUAACCUGACCUUCCUGGAUCUGUCAUACAACAAGCUGUCCAAAGUACCCGUCCAGAGCCUGCUGUCUGUCAGCCGCCAUGCCGGAAUAUAUUUGCAGGAAAAUCCUUUGCUGUGCGACUGUGCAUUGAUUGCUUUGCUUGAAUACUGGUUUUGGAAACAGUAUCGCCCACUGGUGGAUUUCCAAGUUGGAUACCAAUGUAGAGGCACUGCAGUUCGAGAGGUUAAUUGUACACAUCAGGAUUUGUCAGGCAUACCUCUGGAGGCACAAAGCUAUCGCACAGAGCCUGGCGAUUGGCUAAGAGUACCCUGUCCUGGAUUAGGUCUUCCUGUCCAGCAAGGGUUGAUUGUCUUCUGGGUUACCCCAAGAACAGCACUGAAUUCCUCAGCAAGUGAUCCGAGUUCUCAUCUGUCGGUUUUUCCCAACGGCACGCUUGAAAUCCAAGGAGCGCUAAUGGAAGACUCUGGCAUAUACGAGUGUGUGGUUGCUCGGGGACGCUACUACGAUUCAGGUGAAUCUCCAGAAGCCAGGGUCAUGGUUGGUAACUCAAGUGUCUCCUCUACCACGGGCUUGGCUCGUCGCAGCAGCGGUGAACAUUUCAACACGGCGUUCACCACCCUUGCUUCCUGUGUGAUCAGCAUCAUACUGGUCCUGCUCUACCUCUACCUCACGCCCUGCCAGUGUCGGGAAAGUCGGGGCGGUGGCUCCAGGGGCUGUGGCGCACGGGCCAUCAUUCUCUGUUCGGACCCCAGAGAGGUAGAAUCAGGACAAAGGCGUGCCAACGGAAAGAGGGUAGCUUUCUUAGAGCCUCAGGCAGAGGACUCGGAUAUUAGUGUCCCAAAAACACCGGUGAUGACAUUGGACCAUAUUUGCACUGAGGGAAUUCUCAAAAAUGGAAGUAGGACAGUGGGACACACCCUGACAGACACUGCUCAGGAGGUGUAGUGAGGGAAAAGCACCUUCUUAACAACAUUGUACUCUUAAAAGUCUUAUUUUGUGUAUUCAAAGUGGAAGGGGGAAAAAAAACAUUUUAUGUAAAAUGUGAGUUAUGUGAAGUAGCUUGUCCAUUCUGGGUUGGGGAAUUUGUCUCAAAUGCAGUCCUUUAACAGAGUAGAAUUUAAAUUAUGUCUAUUCUCUGUGUGGUGUCUGUUCUAUAUUCAGAGUUCAUAUGGAAAUGUCCCCGUUAUCUCUGAGAAUCGUUCAUGCAUGGAUCACAGAGAUCAUAGAAACGUGGGAGGGCUCUUUAAAUUGGGCCAGUAGGGAUAUUUUCACACCUGACUGAUGAGUGGAGUUGGAGGACUUUAUCUGUCUACAGUGUCUAGCAUGUGUUCUGGAUAAAAUUAUAGUUUGUCCUUUUUUGUUAACUUUGUUGUCUCAUGGAACUUGUCAUUUUAAAAUGUUCCUUUGGGUUCAGCUAUAAAUGUUUAAAUUUGUCAAAUCAUCAAUCAAAUUUUUAUAUCAAAAACAUCCCGUAAUGACCCACAAAUUACUGCAGUUUUUAAAUGACCAUUUCAAUUAUUUAAGUAAAAAAUCUCUCCGAACCAGCCAGAUCACAACCCUAAAGGUGAAAAAGUAAACGCCCCCUGAACCUAAUAACUGUUGUGUGACAACAACUGCAAUCAAGCAUUUUCAAUGACCUGAAAUAAACAUAGAAUUGUUUUAUUCAGCCAUAUCGGAAGGUUCUUGAGCUUGAACGACCUAAGAUCAUGUGGCAGAAUCUCAAUCAGAUUUAAGUCCAGACUUUGACUAGGCCACGCCACGAUCCUACAUACAAACUUUUAAGAGGAGGACUCACUGGUACUUUGGAUCAUUGUUCUGUCCAACCAUAAAAUGGUCUUGAGUAAUGAUUAGCACAAGGCGGAUCCAGUAAAUUUGAACUAAGCUCUCCAAAAAAAAAAGUGUUAAACACAGAAAGUUCAUUAUUUUACAAAGCAUGCACUUAUUUUUCCACAUAGGACCAGUUUGUUUUAAAUAACUUUCCUCUUUUAAUAAAUUAACUCAUUAGUGGGAAACUGGCUUUGCAUGCAACGACAUUAUCUUUGAUAUUAGAAUGAGCUUGAUGGUCUGAAACACUUUUGGGUGGCAAAAAAAAAGCAAAAACUGAAAUGGGCACAUAUUUUUCAUCAGCACAGUUUUUAUGUACGGUCACUCUCAACUGGAAACCUCAUCCGUUUUAUUUUAUGCUCUGUCCAUUUAACUCAACUAGAAUUCAGCGUUGGCUCAAAAUUACACACAAAGCAAUACAUGUAUUAUGUUCACAUAAAAGUGGGCCUAUUGACUCUUAAAUGACAAGUUCAGUGAAAAUUGUUGCUUGGAAAUGUUCAUGGUAAUGUGGGACUGUGAUGCUCGGUUUGCAGAGACACAACGCUAAAACAUGUAGGAGUAAUCUGUUCUUGCUUUGGUGUGAAUAUGAUCAUGAAGAGUGCCUUUUAUGAGAAACUCAGAAUUAGUUUCAAUGCAGUAUAGGUUAGUGGGAACUUGUCCUGAGAAAAGUUGAUGGAGAUGAAACAGAAGCUGUGUUUCAACUACAGAUGAUCAGCUUCCUCACAGACAAGUCUGUAUUUCCACCACUCAACGUUGUUGUCGUUUCGACUACAGAGUUUCUAGCCUAGACUGUUGAUCACUCCUUUGCUAAGAGUUUUACAAAAUGCUACACGCCUGUGUUCAUGUGCAGAACAAGACGGAUAUCAGACGAUAGAGAUAUCAUCGCUACAGCCAAAUCAGUGGAUCACAUCUUGAACUCACUGGCAAGAAAAACAGCAGAAAUGCACUUUUGCCCAUACAGUAGAGAAAAUGACUAUUUGUGAGAAGUUUGAGGAGGCAACACCUCAGGAGUGAUAGUGCCAAAGGCAGUAGCCAGGACAUCAAACAGUCAGUGACGACAGUAAGUAAAAGUCACCAGACAGUGUUUGCCUUGCAGAUGCAUUAGACAACAUAACUAGUUAGCUAUUACAUGUUUAAGUAAUAUUGUACUAUGUCCAAUAAACCAUCAAGUAACUGAGUAAUCAGAAGUACACACACUCUGCUGUGUGUCCCACAAAUACUUUCUUUCUUUUAAACAUCCUAUUCCUAAAAAACAGCAGCUGCUAAACCCCCAUUGUUUUCAAGAAACCAGCUUAUGAAUACCAUCUGGGUAUGAAAUGUUGUGAAAGACGGGUGGUAAAUUAUACUGAGUACCAAGUUUCUGAAUGGUACUCUAAUUUUUAUAUAGAUUUGAUGAAGGGAAAAUCUGAUUAAACAAUAUCUGGUUUUGAGUGGUAUGCCAUUGGUCAUUGCGGUUCGGUACACUAUUUUAUGGUCCAGUGUAUUCAGGAGAGCUUCUCCCCAACUGUGCAGUACCACUGUCCUAUGGACCUACAACUGAAGGGGGUUCAGGGAUGCAGUGGUACGGCUCGGUAGUAUGGGCCACUUUUACCAUGGAAACAGACAAACUACAGAACAGAACUGCACCGACUCGUGUCAUACUGCUCUGUGGAAACGAGGCAUUAUGGAUCCCCUGCACUCACACAGGAAACCAUACUGGUUCGUGGGCUGUCCAGAUUAUUUUGUAGACAACAAAUCUUGGUUUAUCCUUCCAAUUAGUUUUUCCUAGGACCGCUGUGGAUGAUGGAGAUGAUGGAGCUAAAUAAAGAAAUAGUCAUAGCAGAGUGAAAAUGCUAACAUUAGCUAACUGCAAAACAUAAAAAAACAAUUAGCAGAACCUGAAAUAAUCCAUGUCUUCAAAGGUGGGAAACAUAAAUGUCCACCACCUUAUGAUGCCCUUUAAAACCAUGUAUCAACAUCCUUCAACUGUGACUUAUUUCCACUCAAAACUAUCAUCACAGCUCUUGGUUGGAUGUUUUUUUUAAAUCUCUGGUGCAUAAUAAUUUGGGAUUCUGAAUCUGCUUGUUACUCAAUGUAUCAACAAGUAAUUUCUUUUUGUAAUUGAGAAAGACAUCUAUUGAUGUUGCGCUGUUGUGGUUAGCUAAACUGGUGUUUAGUUAUUUUUGGUGUGGAGUCCCAGACUUAUGGCCUUUUGUUUUUUUGGUUUAUUUAUUUUGUGUCUUCCCUGAUUUCACUUUAUGUAGACACUGGCAUGUCGUGUGACCUCAAGAACUGUUCACAUGAAACCGAUACGGGAAUCCUCACAGCAAAGUCCAAGGCUUUGCUUGGCGAUUUUUAGCAAUUAAACUGGAGUCAUUGGACGAGUCUUUACAACGCAUCCUACCAACAUUUAGUUUGUUGAUUGGGGUUUUUGCUUUUAACAUUUAUUUUCCUACAUUGCCUUUGGCAGUCAUUGUGCAGUAUAGUUCCUGUUUCAACAUCACCAUUGACAUGAAGCAUGGAGAAAAAGAAAUGAAGUUCAAUUUUUAUUUUUGAAGCCAUCAAAAUAACCCAAUGUAAUUUUAGAAGAUAAGCGUUUAAGAUUAGCGAUAAAAAUCUAAAUCUGUGUUCCGUGUCAAUACAUUAGAGUUUACAGACUGUUUUUUAUAAGUGUAGAAUGUCAACCGUUAUAAAUGUCAUUGAUUAGUCCUUAACUGUGUCCUGUUUGUAAAUUAAAUGUUGAACACUUCUCUGGCCAUUAAAAUGACUUCUAGUCAUGCUAGAAAUGACACCUUUGACAUCAACACUGUUCAUCAGCAUCAUUUGAUUGAAUACUAACAUGACAUGUUUAUAUCAGAUUUUACACUCAAUCUUGUAUAACAAUUGUCCCCGGGUUUUCUGUUUCCACUGUGCACAAGAUAUAGUUGCCAUUAGUUGAGCUUCCAUUGACCAUAUAAUUGUGCAGGAUGACAUUUCAAAAAUAAAUUUGCUUAAUGGAAACAUG